AUGACAAUAAUAGACUUUAACCUAUACGACAAAUUGCUUAAUACGGGCAGGGAUGACAAUCGAUAUAUGAUACCUGAUCCCCCAACUAUUCCACAACCACCUGUUGAUUCAGACCCAGAAACAGUAAGUCUAGCGUUUCUUAUAAGUCUAUCAGUAACGUUUGCAAUCUUGAUGCUAUUGUUGAUGGUGAUGGCUGCAUAUAUUACUUUUUGUGGGGCAGAUGAAGCUGAAUAUGACGAAGAGUCUGGGCAAAGACCCCGUGGCCCACCCAGGUUUAACAUACUUUUUAGUAAGAGACACGAUGGAAUCCUCUUAGACUCAAGUUUUACAUCUCCUGGACAAUUUGAUGAUGAAUGUGAACAUCAGGAGAGAGAGCACACCGAACUGAAUAGAAUGUCACCUUUCGAACUUGAACUUUAUAAACGAUCCAAUGAGUUUCAGGAAGUAGCACCUCCACAUAUUGAUGAAUUUGGUACUUAUUUGAAAGCUACUGACUUACAAGUCAUCAAAGAUAGAGGAAUACAAAGUUAUUUUUUAUUGCCUAGUAUUAACGAUAAUGUGAAUAAGCAGGGGAACUUCCUGCCAAGUUUUCUCAUACAAGAUAAGUUAGAUAUGGUUUUCACCAAGUAUAAUAAGAGUUCAUCGACCGUCAUGAACUAUCCUUUGCCGUAUACCAAGAGGGAUGCAGUUUAUUUUGAAGUUAAGGUAUUCAAACAUCAACCUGUUUCUAAUACUAUCUUUAGUAUUGGAUUGGUAACAGUUCCUUAUCCAUACUUUAGAAUUCCUGGGAUGGCGAAAUUUUCUAUAGCGUAUGAAUCUACAGGAAAAUUGAGAAUAAACAAUCCAUUUAUGGCAAGUACUCUACUGCCGAAACUUGUUGAAGGUGAUGUAGUGGGAUUUGGAUAUCGCUAUAGUUCAGGAACCAUAUUUAUAACUCAUAACGGUAAAAAGUUGAUGGAUGUGACGCAAAAUGUUGGUGUUGAUCUUUUUGUUGGGCUUGGUGCAUUUAAUGCUUCAUAUACACGAAGUUAUACCAAAGACGGACUUCUUGAAGAUCCUGAUAACAUUGAAUUAAGAGAGGCAUUAUCAGAAGGGAGGGAAAUAGUCCUCCCUGAUGAAUUACAAAGAGUGAGAGACCCACACAAUGAAAAUGAUCAAAUUGAUUCGGAAGAAGUGGAAUUGCAUGUGAAUUUAGGGCAAGUUGGGUUUGUUUUCAUUGAAGCAAAUGUGAAAAAAUAUGCGUUUGGCACUGUGUAUGGGAAUAUAGGAAUUCCACCAUCAUAUAAUGGAGAAGAAAUUAAGAAUGAUAAACUAUUACAAAAAGGAGAUGAGUUACCACCUAACUAUGGUACUUUGCUGGAUUCAAAUGGAUUUUUUGGGGACAUUCACAUAAAUGAAGGUCAUCGAAAUAACGAAGAAAAUGCAAAUAUAAUAAUUGGCUCUAGUGACACAACUUUAAGGCAAGGUGCUCAUAAUGUUUUAAUGAGAAAGACUCCUGAGACAGAAACCUACGAACGAAUUUCAUCAAGGUUUGAUAGAGAGAACAACCUUUACGAUGAUAAUAUUCCAGAAUUGGCUGGACUUGAGGAAAGAGAUAUAAAUAUGGAACCAUCCAAUAUUAGAAAGGAAAGUCAAAAGCCAACUAAGUUCUCUAAUAACAACAGGAGCCAUAGCAAAAAGAAGCAUAAAAAGAGAGGUAAAAAAGGCAGAGGUAGGAAAUGA